AUGAUAAAUAAUCUAUCGAAUGAAGUUGAAAUACGUCCAUCUUCGAAAACGAUCGUAUCAGCUGCACGUUCACAUUUAAUUCGUGUUAUUCGAGAAUUAAAUUUAUUUUCUGAUAAUCCAUUUUGGUCAUCAACAUUAACUUCUACUGAACAAAUUCGUAGUACUCAAUUAUUUUUGAUAUUAGUUUUAAUAUCACUUUUAUCUGUUAUUAGUUAUGCUAGUUUAUUUAUUCGAACACAUGAUAUAACUCUAAAUAAAUUUUCUAUAUCUGAUUUCGAACAACUUCAGACACGUUAUCCAACGACAUUUAAAGCGAUAUGUACUAAAGUAUCAAUACCUUAUAGAAAAUUUUUGAAUUUAUCUGUUACAUUUCAUCAAGUAUGUUCAAGUUCAUUUAUUCGAAGAAAAUGGAUUUCUUCUUUAUAUCUUGUCAAUGCAACAUCUCAUAAUAUUUUGGAUUUUCGUACAUUUGCUUUUUCUCACUAUCGUGUUCUUGGUUUACUAUGUCAAGUAGCACGUCAAACUAUUAAGGAUAAUUAUCAUGCAUUUAAUUCUACGAAUUUAGUUGAACGUCGUACUUUUUCACGAUCUCAAUUUAAUGAUUUAACUGAUGUUCUUGUUACUAAUUUUCAAAAAAAUCUUUUAGCUAAAGAAAGUCGAAAUGUAAAAGUAAUAUCAUCGUUGCUUGCAGAGAAUUUGUUACUCUCAGCUUUACGUACAAAUCAUUAUGCACAUUCUGUACCUGGUUCCAAAAUGUAUAUUACAUAUACUGGAGUUUAUACAGAACAAAAUGGAACAAACGAAUCAAAAUGUGAUUGUAGAUUAAGAAAUAAUCAAUGUAUAUAUCCAGCUGGUGCUUUUUAUAAUUGGACAUUACCAGAAUUAGGAAAACCAGCUAAAAAUAAUCCACCAUCUCUAUUUCAGGUAAUCAAAGUUUCUUUUUCAUUUUAUUAUUUCAAAGAAUUAUUGUUAGAAAAAGAGAAAAAUUUAUUUAAAGUUUUAAAUUAAAAAUGUCGAUGUUUAUGUAGAAUAAAACACUAUAAAAACAUCUGCUAUAAUGAUAAUAUCUAUAAAUCAUGAUCAGACUCAAACAUUCUCUAAUGAUCUCUAUUUAUUUUAUAUGGACCAUAUUCAGAGGUGUCUACAAUAAGCUUGUAAUGAUCUCAUAGCGUAUUUUACUCUUUAUACUGAUAUCUAAGUUUGAACGAACUUUUUGCAUUAUUUCACAUUUAUGUCGAUAGCUUGUAUUGAAUUUUUUUCGCCGACAUCACUUUUAUGCACUAAAAUGUUAUCUUAGUCCAAUCGUUUAUUGAAAAAUAUGAUCUUAAUAUUCAACUUACUGGAAAAAGAAACAAAAUAUUGUUAUAUAUUCUUUGUUAACUUUUUUUU